AAGCUCCUAGGCAAAGAGCUUGAAGCGCGUCAACUUUGCAGUUCACUGCUAUGUAAGCCUCGCAAAAAUUCGGCUUCUCGGACACACCGUUUCAAAUCGCCGCCGAUGGAAAUGCUAGAUACUGUUGUAUAUUGUCCUUGCGAACUGUGGUGCUUAAUAUGAAUUUCGCCGACUCCGCUGAGCCGCCGGCCAAAAAACGAAGAUUCUUUGCUGAUCCCGACACUUGUGUAUCUCAUGAGCCCACGGCGAAUAAUGAUCAAAGCGAACCUCCCCAUGCAAAGCAUUUAGAACCAUCGCGACAUUCCGAAGUUCCUAGCCCCAAUUCUGCUCCUUCUGUCGUCAGCGCCAAUAAUCCCCGUGCGUCUCCGCCGCCACCCUCCACCAGUUCAGACGCUGCCGUCACGUUCGAUCAGGAUGCCUUUCAGAGUCUGGUGGGCGACACCGUUAGUCCCGAAGUCUUGGCAAUAAUACGUGCAAAAUGUGGCGAUAGUCUAGAGCGGGCUCUUAAUAUGUACUUCGAUGGCACUUGGAAAACUUUCCAAGUGCGCUCCCACCCCUUAAUGAGAACGACGACAGUUCAUCCAUCCACUCCCCUUUCCACAACAGGACUACCUGCCCAGAACGAUCAGCCUACCCGUACCAAUACUUCACACAAUAAUCUUGAUAUCCGCUAUAUCGGGGCCUUCGGCGCUGAGGGCUGGGCUACGAGGAGUGGGACCAAUCUUGUUAAACAUGGCGAUGUCGUUAAAAUCGAACGACAAAAAGCUCAGCAGACUCCUCAACGACUGCGUCUCGCCGCCUCUGGGAAGUCCGAUGUUAUUGUGCGCUUUACUGAUAGUAAAGGAACGGAGAUUGGGAGACUGGCUAAAGAUGCUGCUAAUUGGAUCUCAUCCCUCAUCGACCAGAAUGUCUGCAGGUUCGAGGGUACCUGUGUAUAUGCUCCUGAACGCUUGAGAACAAACGACACUGUUUUCCUACAGCUACGAUGCUACCUCAAGAUGAGCGUCUUUCAUGCUACGGGGUUUGACCUAUCGGACAAUCGAUCGACAGGGUUUUACGAAGAAAAGGAAUCGACUGAAGAAAGGAAUCUACGGUUACGGCAAGUGGGCAUUGUGAGACUGUUCCAAGAGAUCAAUCUUGCGCCUACAAAGAGUAAUACGGCUUCUCACCAAAAUGCUCGUCAGGGCCUCUUGGACGCAGCUGAACUUGCCGAGAAGAAAAACAAACAGCACCAGUCAAAUAGCCGAGACACCCCGGGCUCACAAUCCGAUGACGCCGAGGAAGGGGAAGAGCUAGAACAAGAUCAGCUCGAUACCUUAUACCGCAAGGCGCAGUCAUUCGAUUUCAACACCCCAGAAGCAGAGCCUGCACCUACUUUUGCUAUGAGUCUGAGACCAUAUCAAAAGCAAUCGUUACACUGGAUGCUGGCGAAGGAAAAGGACGAGAAAAAUGAGGCAAGGGAAACUUCUAUGCACCCAUUGUGGGAGGAAUAUACGUGGCCGCUGAAGGAUGUUGACGAUAAGGAGCUGCCCCAGGUAGAAGGGCAACCCAAUUUCUAUGUCAAUCCCUACUCAGGUGAAAUGUCCCUGGAUUUCCCUUACCAAGAACAACACUGCCUCGGUGGUAUUUUGGCCGACGAGAUGGGUCUAGGCAAGACUAUUCAGAUGCUCAGCCUUAUUCAUUCUCAUAAAUCCGAAGUUGUCGCGCAUCAGUCAAACCAGCCUGUCAAUCGUCUACCCAGGACGCUGCAGCGAUUAUCUAGCUCCCACCAUACUGCCUCUGCCCCUAAAACAACACUGGUCAUUGCCCCCAUGUCAUUAUUAGCUCAGUGGCAAAGUGAAGCAGAAAAUGCCUCGAAGGAGGGAACUCUUAAAUCCAUUGUUUACUACGGAAAUGAUAAGAUCGACAAUCUACAGGCGUUAUGCCGUGAGUCUAAUCUAACAUCAGCCCCUGAUGUAAUCAUUACAAGCUACGGCGUAGUUCUUUCUGAGUAUUCACAUAUCCAUUCACGCCUUGGGGGUAGGGAAUCACAUAGGGGCCUCUUUUCUCUCAACUUCUUUCGCAUCAUACUCGAUGAAGCGCACACUAUUAAGAACAGGCAGUCUAAGACCGCUAAAGCUUGUUACGAACUUUCGGCAGAGCAUCGCUGGGUCCUGACCGGCACACCCAUCGUAAACCGUCUCGAGGAUCUCUUCAGUUUAGUGAGGUUUCUGAGAGUUGAGCCCUGGAAUAAUUUUUCGUUUUGGCGCACAUUCAUUACAUCCCCGUUCGAAUCGAAGGAUUUCAUGCGCGCUCUCGACGUCGUACAAACCGUUCUAGAACCGUUGGUCAUGAGAAGAACGAAAGACAUGAAAACCCCUAAUGGAGAACCCCUAGUAAUGUUACCGCCAAAGUCCAUUGAAAUCGUCGACGUAGAGCUCUCCCAGGCCGAGCGAGCUGUGUAUGACUAUGUAUUUGCGAAAGCAAAGCGCACGUUCUCUGCAAAUAUUGAAAAAGGCACCGUAAUGAAAGCAUAUACCACUAUAUUCGCUCAGAUCCUGCGUCUACGCCAAACUUGCUGUCAUCCCACGCUUGUCCGUAAUCAGGACAUUGUUACUGAAGAGGAGCUUGCCGGUGCAGAGUCUGAUGCUGCUGCUGGAUUGAGUGAUGAUAUGGAUCUUCAAUCUCUAAUCGAACAAUUUACUGCCGCAACCGGUGAUGAAAAGGAUGCCAACGCUUUUGGAGCUCAUGUUCUUGAGCAAAUACGCGAUGAGGCAGUUAACGAAUGUCCGAUUUGUUCCGAAGAACCUAUGAUCGAGCAGACAGUUACGGGGUGUUGGCAUUCAGCCUGUAAAAAGUGUCUCCAAGGCUACAUGAAGCAUCAUACAGACCGACACGAAACUCCUCGGUGCUUCAACUGCCGCAAGCCACUCAACUCUCGCGACAUAUUCCAAGUAGUUCGACAUGAUGACGACACCAGCACUUUCCAGAGCUCUCCUAAGAUUAGCCUGCAGCGUUUAGGUGUUAACGAAUCAUCGUCGAAGGUAGUAUCACUUAUGGCGCACUUGCGGGCUCUAAGGCGAGAGCAUCCGCGGAUAAAGUCCGUUGUCUUCAGUCAAUUCACCUCUUUCAUGUCACUGAUCGAGCCCGCGCUGACCAAAGCCAAUAUGAAAUUUCUUCGGCUCGAUGGAACAAUCAACCAAAAGGCCCGAGCGGCUAUCCUGAAAGAAUUUGCUGAGGGUGAUAAAUUUACCAUACUGCUGCUUAGUUUGCGAGCCGGCGGUGUUGGCCUUAACCUCACCCAAGCAAAACGUGUUUAUGUGAUGGAUCCCUGGUGGAGCUUUGCUGUCGAAGCACAAGCUAUUGAUCGAGUUCACCGAAUGGGCCAGGACGCGGAAGUUAAAGUAUACCGGUUCAUUUGUAAGGAUAGCGUGGAAGAGCGCAUGCUCAAAGUACAAGAUCGCAAGAAGUUCAUGUGAGUCGGCAUAAUUCCAGGAUUCUAGCCUAAGCAGACCUUUACUGACUCCAACAGCGCGACAUCUUUGGGCAUGAUGACAGAUGAGGAAAAGAGGCUCCAGAGGAUUGAGGACAUUAAAGAUUUAUUGAGCUAAGUGUAGCUCAUAAUAACUAUAGCUCACACUCGCCUCCGUGGAGAUGCUGCCUGGCCCUU